AUAUCCUCUCUGCUCUGCUGCGUUCGUCCUUGAUCUAAUAAUAUAAACGAAUCCUCCUCUCUUUUGCCUUCCUUUUCCAAUUUCCUUCUCUCUCUUGUUUCCAUUGGCGGCAUCGGCGAAGCGUGUAAUCGUGCUCCAACGGCAAGAUGAUUUUAGGGAUAUCGUGGUCGUCGGUUGCGGGGCGGCAGCCGCCGGCGGAUCUAUGAGUGGCGUCCGGCGCGGCCGAGGAGGACGGACAUCGGAAGCUGCUAGCCGGGGAGCGUCGGCGGACAGAUGCCCCUACACCGCGACCUAGGGCUCUCGGGGGCGGCGUCUCUGGUGUUCCUCCUAAUUGUGCCCUUGAUCGCCUUCGUGGUGCGGAGGAGAUGGCGCCUGGCCUCCGUGAGGCAGGCGGAGGUCCGGCGGCUGGCGCGACUCGCGGCGGAGGAGGCCGCGCGGGCGGAGAUGGAGGCGAUAACGGUCUUUUUUGCCUCGUCACAUGUGGCUGCUUCUGCUGCUGCUGCCGUUGCGAAAGACCCGUCGGCGCGGCCGGAGUGCCCCGUGUGCUUGAGCCCUGCCACCGCAAGGUGUGCCCGGUGCAAGGCUGUCAGAUACUGCUCUGGCAAAUGCCAGAUUAUUCAUUGGAGACAAGGCCACAAGGAUGAAUGCCAUCCUCCACAAGUUAGUGAUGACCAUAAUGGUGAACUAAAAUUUUCUGGUUUGAAGGGAGUGCAAGCUGAACACUCUGGUUUUUUUGAGAAUAGUUUUGAGCAUAGAGACGAGCUAAAUACCAAAGCAGUUGAGAUGGUUUCCGAUAGGCCUGCUGCAUCUGAACUCGCAUAUUCUUAUAAUGAUAUUAAUAAAAAAAACAAACAUGAAGAAAGUGGUUCUAUGGAUGUAUCUGGAAUGGAAACGACUUCUGGUCCUAGUGUUGGAACUCCUGAUGAUACUUUGACCGUUGGCAAUCUACUUCCGCUCCAUGAUAGUAGGCCGGGAGAAUCUUCAUCUUUUGAUAGUUCUACUAGCAGCCUUGGAACAGUGGCCAAUGCUAGUUAUGUAGAUCCUUCCAAAUCUUUAACUUCUGAGCCUGGUAGAUCAAGUCCUUUGGCAAAUAACACUUCUUGCUUCAGUAAUAUAAAGGAGAAGGCAUCCACAUGCAAAGCAGAGGCAGAUAAAUUCAUGUCGAAUGAACCAUCUGGCUUAAAAGCAACUUCAUCUUUUGAUCAUACAAGUACUAAGCACCCUGAAGUUGCUGGUAGUCAGAUCACUUCUCCUCGGGGAGUUGGUAAUGGGAUUCAUCCAGAUACAUUUUCAAGAUCCGAAAAAAUUUCUUCUCAUGCAUUUGAAUCAUUAGAAGCUAAGUCUCAAUUGGAGCACAAGGAGACGCUAACUUCAAACACAGAAAUAUUAGGAUCUGUUGUUAAUGGGACGAGCACUGAUAUACAGUCUUUGAAUUCCAGAACUUUGCGACCAUUAGCAUAUGCUUCUGAUCAAUUAUCUUCUAAUGGUGGUGCUCACCCUGUUGUAUGUUAUGAAUCCUCAAAGGUUAGUAAUGCUCCUAGAGGACCUGUCGGAUCACCUGAUACUUAUGGUUCUAUAGCAAAUGGGAUGUCAACAUCUGUGAAAAGAGUUGUUAAGGAGUUUACAUCUUCUAAGAUUUCAAGGCUUUACUCUUCAGAAUUGAUGCUUUUUCCAUAUGAUCGUUUCAUUAAACUCUACAACUCUGACAAGAUUGAAUUGCGUCCCUGUGGUCUUAUUAACUGUGGAAAUAGCUGUUAUGCUAAUGCUGUUCUCCAGUGCUUGGCAUUUACUCGACCAUUGACUGCAUAUUUUCUCGAAGGUCUCCACUCAAAAAUAUGUCCAAAGAAAGAGUGGUGCUUUACAUGUGAACUUGAAAGGCUUGCCAUGAAGGCAAAGGAAGGGAACUCUCCUUUGUCCCCCAUUGGUAUACUCUCUCAUUUACACAAUAUUGGAAGUAAUUUUGGCCAUGGGCAAGAAGAAGAUGCCCACGAAUUCUUAAGGUAUGCUAUUGAUGCUAUGCAAUCUGUUUGCUUAAUGGAAGCUGGAAAAAAACCAGAUGGCCCAUUAGCAGAAGAAACAACACUCAUACAACAAACUUUUGGUGGCUACUUGCGAUCUAAGAUAAGGUGCAGUAGAUGCAAGAGCAAGUCUGAGCGAUGUGAAAGAAUGAUGGAUCUUACUGUAGAGAUAGAUGGCAAUAUCUCUACCCUUGAUGAAGCACUUCUCCGUUUUACAUCUCCAGAAAUUUUGGAUGGGGAGAACAAGUAUGAAUGUGGCAGAUGUAAGUCUUAUGAGCGAGCGAAAAAGAGGUUGACAAUAUUGGAGGCACCGAAUGUCCUGACCAUUGUGUUGAAACGAUUUCAGUCUGGUAUGUUUGGCAAGCUCAACAAACCUGUCCGGUUCCAUGAGUACCUCGAUUUAGCUCCUUACAUGAGCGGAGAUGACAAGUCCCCUGUUUACCGGCUGUAUGCUGCAAUUGUUCACAUAGAUGUCAAGAAUGCUUCCUUUUCUGGUCACUAUGUUUGUUAUGUGAAGGACACACAAGGCAAGUGGUACAAGAUCAAUGAUAGCAAGGUAAAUCCCGUGGAGCUUGAGGAGGUCUUAUCAAAAGGUGCAUACAUGCUUCUUUAUGCCAGGUGUUCGCCACGUGCUCCAACCUCCGUAAGGAAAGCUUUGGCCCAUGAGCUUGAACAAGCAAGGAAGACUAGAAGCAAAUUAAAGCCUGGUGGUCCAUCAGUAGCACAGCAAGGGACUUGUUUUUACCCACAGCGGACGAUGAGUGACCAUUCCAAUUUCCGUUCAUCAGAUCUUUUCAAUGAAAGGCUCCGUCCUCUGCGGAACGACUCUUCCAGCGACAGUUCUUCUCUCUUCGAUGAAGGUUCCUCUUGUAGCACCGAGAGCACAAGGGACUCAACAAGUACUGAAGAGUACUGGGAACGCAUGUCCGGAGAGUCAGACAGUGUCAACUUGAAUAGCCCCCUAAGAGUCCUUGAGGAGUCUGAUGGAUUCACUCGUUCUCCUCUGAGCUCUAGACAUUCCUCAAAAGCAGUCUUAAGUGGGUCAAUGCCAGAUCACCACAGAGGCGACGAUUCUGAAUGCAUCGCUAAUUCUUCAGGCAGGGAAAUCAACCAGGUGGAGGCUGAGAGGCCUGGGUGUGUCAAACAUCACAGCGAUGAGAGCAGAUCCUUUUUGUAUGCCGACAAAAAUGAACAUUGUCGAAAUCUAACAGAACAGUGUAGGGCCAUAGAGACUGGCUGGAUUAACCCAAAUGAGGUUAAGUCUGGCAUAUUAUUGAGAAGACCGAGUAGGGAAAGAACUGCCCGAACAUUUUAUUGAUUUGUUUGGGUUGUCGAGAAAAUGAAUAAUAGAUUAUAUUUUGCACAAGGCAAAGGGAAUAGAAAAAUGAAAGAAAAGAAGAGGUAUUUCAUUUA